CUGAAUACUCUUCUCAAACCUCUAGACUAGAACUGAACCUACAAUCUUUGAAAUUAGACUCAUUAAAUCCAGCAAUUAGGUUAUUACAUUGAUUACCAUCCCUAGAGUUUUACUGUGACCAAUUGUCAGCAGCUCUAGACCAUGACUAUACAAGAAUCGUGAUCACUUAUCUUGCAUCUGUGAAAGGCACUUAUGUUUCAAAGGUUUAUUUAUUAUCAGAGUAUGCAAGUCUGAAAUUUUCCUUCUCCAGAUAGCCACGAAACCAAGUAAGAAAAGGACGGCAGCAUGAUAAUCGACCCCCAAAUCCCUCCUCCCCACACAAAAAAAACUAACAAAAACGGAAUCAGCACAGUGACCCCCAAGUUCCCCUCACCCGCACACAAAAAAACGAGAAGGAUCGGACGGAAACACAGAAUACAAAAAAGGCCAUAAGACUGAAAAUAAAAGCCCACAGUCCAAGUCCACAUCCACAAUGCAGAAAACAUGGACAACAUUCUCCCCUCUGUAGCAGAGCAAUCUCACCAGCAAUUAAAAGGACAAGAGCAGAAUGUCCCAGCAACGGACUCUGCCUCAAAGUAAGGAAAUCCUGCUCCAAUCCUACAACAAGAGACUGAAAGAUGACAUCAAAUCUAUUCUGGAUAACUUCACGGAAAUCAUUAAAAGUGCUCGGGUUGAAGACGAGACGCAGGUUUCCCGCGCGACUCAGUGUGAACAAGAUCACUAUGAGAUGCAUGUGAGAGCAGCAAAUAUUGUGCGUGCUGGGGAGUCUCUCAUGAAGCUGGUGUCAGACCUUAAACAGUUCCUGAUUCUGAACGACUUUCCCUCCGUGAACGAAGCCAUAAACCAGCGAAAGCAGCAGCUUCGGAGUCUACAGGAAGAAUGUGACAAGAAGCUGAUCACCCUACGAGAUGAGAUCGCGGUUGAUCUGUACGAGCUGGAAGAAGAAUAUUACUCCUCCAGCUACAGCCUGUGGGAUGGUGCUGACCUCCCACUCUGUGAAGCAUACCGGAGACGGGAGGAGGAGGGGGCAGCCACAGCUGAAGAGGAGAUGGCGAUGGAAAUCGUGUCCUCUGCCUCGGUGGUGGCCCCUGGAGAAGCUAACACUGGAGCAACGCUGAGCACUACAGCCUUGCAACCGCAGGUGAACGGCCACAGAGCGGGCACCCCGGAUCCUGUCUGACGGGCAGCAGAGAUCUUGGACUGAGCUGCCAUGUCCGCAACGAACAAAGCUGCUGGAAUGGAGCAGUAACACAGACGAGAACGUUUCACAACAUGCAUUCAAAAGCGCCGUGCCUCCUCUAACACUGUUUACGAGAUGCUGCUGACCAGGCAAACAAGUCAAUGGAAAAAAGGACUCCUGGGAAAUUGAGGUUGCUGCAGUGGAAUUAGAAAGAGAAAGAUGGAUUUGUGGAUGGGGUGAAGCUGGUCUUACGGCACUGGCACAGGGUUGCUCAUGGUGAUUUACCUGCCUUUUUUUUUGAUCCGGGUCUCUCCCAUUUAAAGCGAACAAAACAAGGGCAGUAAAGCUGGCUAGCCAUUGAUCGAAGGCCAGCUUCUCUCUUCACCGCCCCAAGCCCAUCCAAAAUCUUUUUUCUUUCUGACGCUGAUCAACUUACUGUUCAUUUUCACCUCUUUUUGAAAGGGAUACGUUCUUUUGCCUGCUGUUUGGUUAAGUGGCUGAUUUUCUCCAUUAUUGGGUCAGUAACUUGGAACUCACGGCAUUGUCUGACAUGUGGUUUGUAAAUGUAAUGGCAACAUUUUCAUUUAGUUGCUUGUGAGUUCUAAUCUGGGCGAACAUCCAAAUCAAACAGGAAAAUUCAAGGUAGGAAACUUCAUAUAUUUUUAACUUCAAACUGUUUGACCUCAAGAGAACAGCAAGUAGUUAAAGUGUUAACAAAACUUUGAUGUGAAAGUGACUGUGCAGUACUGCCUGGAGCUGAAAGCUCACUGUAAUCCUCAACAGUAUUACUUGCUGCAGUCAUAGUGUUGACGCAAUAAAAGUAUUACCAUUCCUGAAGAACUUGCAGCAAAAUGACACUGUGUAGUUUUUCAAUUUGUUAGUAAAUUUCAACUGGAGGCAGUUGUUCUGUGUUUUUUUUUGUCCCAUAGAUUCUCAUUCAAGGUGUGACAAGUGAUUGUGAAGUCUAUGCCUUAUAAGAUUAAAAAGUGGUGGUGUGUAUUAGCCUGUCCUUAGCAGUGAUGGAUCUCGGCCAAGGUUUCACCGUACCUGGGGAGGGGGAAUGAGGUGGAGGGAAACAAGUGGCGAUUUUACUCCUGUCCCCUGAUAGCCUGCGUACAAAAUGAUGGUUUGAUGAUUGUCUCAUACACUGAAAGAUAUUGAAAACUUUCAUUUUGUGAAGGUCAUCUGAUUUCAAACAUGGGACGUACUGGGAAGAAGAACAUAAAGGAUGUCCCAUGACCUUUGUACCAUUGAAAGUGAGAGAAACACUUAUUGUAGUUCCAUUCUGAUUGGAAACAAGUUAAACUUCAGUUGCACAACAAGGCUACAUUAAACAUAUUGGCUGAUGCUUAACUGCUUGCGAUUAGCACUAACAGAAUCAUGGGGAAUGUUACGAGAAUACACAUAAAAUUAAGAUGUUUGCUGGCCUGGGCUAGCAUCAGUGGCAUCAGCAGUUGGUCUGCCACCUGCCCUCAGGGGAAGGAGAGAUAAGGAACAAUGGAGCAGCGUCUGGAGAUGUGUAAUGAAGGGAUGUGGGAGGAAGAGCUGUCUGGAGCGGCUCCCCCCUUUGAACCCUGAACUGUUUGAAGUGAUGGACAGGUGAUACCCCAGCAGGGGGAUAAAAAGGGACAGGUUCGCUAAGACAGACACACACGCCACCCGAGGUAACGAGACCCUGGAAGCGGUGCGCUUCUCACGAGUGGGUGAGAAGUGCCAGACAACGACAAGGGUGGAAAGGUACGAUCAGCGGGAACCCGGUGUGUGUCCGCCCUUGCCUGGGUGCCGGGUUCACUGCAGAGGAUCGACCGCAUCUGGAGGAGGGGUCACAGUCGGUGACCUCAGGUGACAUCACCAAGGACCUGCCCAAAAGCUGUUUGUGAGCCAUCCCGCUGGUCUGUGAGUGAAGCAGUGUUCUGAAUGAUCAGUUGUUCCUAUUCUGUCUCUCUUCCCCCACCUUGUCCAUCGCCAUGGCAACGAUUACUGCGAACUGAACUACAAACUGGACUGAACUUUGAGUCAUUUUGAAAUUGGUCAUUUACCCCUAGACAACGAUAGAGCUUGAUUGAUGCUGUUAUCUUAAUUCUGUGCACAUGUGUGGUUAUCAUUGUUGAAUUGUUGCA